GUUCAUGUUUAACUUUUCAAUUUUUACCAUUUCAUUACAUAACUACGAAAGCGGCAAGACUUUGUCGGAUCUCUCCUUCUAAGAAUCGUUAUCAGUUUCUUCGAGCAGAAAAAAAGUAGUUGAGCUGAAUCUCAGGAUCUUUUUUUAUGGCGACACAGACGAGACCCAGUUCGGUUAAGAGCGAGCAACGCGGCGGAUCUUCUUCUCUUCCUUCCAGAGUCAAGAUCGAUCCGUCUUUUAAGGAUAAGAAGAAGAUCACAGGCACAAGUAAACCGAUCAUGUCGGAUAUUAAACCCAGAUCCUCUGUUUCCACCGUCACGGUCAAAUCUGAGGCAAAGCCCAAGAACCCUGUAAGCUCGGUGAAAUCGACAGCAACAACAUCUGCAGCUGCGAGCUUGGCGAAAGGUAAAGCCAAAAGAGAGAAGAAGGUUUAUUCAUUAGCCGGACAAAAAUUUGAUCCUCCUGAAGAGAGAGAGCCCUUGAGGAUAUUCUAUGAAUCAUUAUCGAAACAAAUACCAGGAAGCGAAAUGGCUGAGUUCUGGCUAAUGGAACAUGGAAUGUUGUCUCCGGAAAAGGCGAAGCGAGCUCAUGAGAAAAAGCUAAGAAAGAUGAAGCAAAUCCGAAUGGGAACACCGGUUAAACCGACGCCAUCAUAUUCUAGCAAACCGGAGAGUUCUCAAAGACCAUCAGCUUCCAAGAACAACGGUUCAGAUGCGAGAAAGAAGAAAAAAGUCGUUGAUGAUAAUGACGAUGAUGAUGAAUUCAUCCUAAGCCCCAAGAGAAGGAAAGUGUAAACUAUACAAAUUUAAAUGGCUCAUUUCGUUAUUUGCGGAAACAUAUGACAUAUCCAAUAGUGGAUGAGAUCAAUAACCUUUAGUUUAUUUCUUAGAGCUCAUCGAAUAAAUGACGAAAGAUUGUGCAUCUAAGAAUUACAUAUCAUCAGAAUGUUGUGUGUGUAGAAGCAAAGAAACAUGAGACACAGCUUUAGUAGAUUCCUAAUCUAACACUUGCGAAAGUCUUUUCAAUAGGAAUGCCCACGUUAAGCAAUUCUUUAUACGAAUCUCCGUACGACUUUGACAUACUCAUAACUUCAUGCUAAUUAGAAGCUGAUGCUAAUUUUGAUAAGACAAUGAUCUCUUUUGUAAUUUUUUGUCAUAACUGUUGGAACCCAAAUUUAUAAGCCAUUGGGCUGUGUAA